UACAGUCCAGUCUGUGGAUCAAGUUCGUGUUGGACUCACUGAUGGCUUGGUAGGCAGAUUGUUUUGUCCAUCAAGUCUCUUGACUAGAUCAUCUGCUGUCUGUGGCGUCCAAGAACUUUAUUAGUUUUUUGCCCAAGAUGUUGUGUUUGGUUUCCUGUGGAGUGCUGCUGGCAUGUGCUGGCAGAGGCAGGCUCUCGUCUGUCAUCUGGUGGCAGUUGGGCUCGUAGCAACUUCCAGACGGUGAGCAACGUCAGUGCAAGAGACCAGCUCAACAACAGAACACAAGAAGUCUCUGCUGCACAGGUGUGGUUAAUGUGACAAACAUGGACAGCACUGGUGAGAAGAGCAGGACCCAACUUCAGUUCAUCAGUGGCUCCAGUAACACAUCCACUGCUAGAAACCCCACCAUUCGUCUCCGGGACAUUUACGAUCCUCAGCCUAACCUUCCAAAAACUCCAGUCCGGAUACGUCCUCCAGGUCCAAGACCUCCUUCUGUAAAGGAACUCAAUUUAAGGCAAAGCUCACCCGGUGAUCCUCCAACCAAGACGAUUAUGAGGAGACGAACUCUGUCUCUUCCUUCAUCUGCAGAGAGUAAAAAGGAACUUAGGAGCCUGCAGGUUCGCUUUGUGGACUCACUGGGCCUCGAGUUAGAGGAAGUUAAGGUCUUUAAAGUUCAAGAGCACCCCCUGAUACCCCAACAUGUCAUGUUCAGACUGCUCAUGAGCUCUGAACUGGCUUUCGGGAAGUCACUGGAGCUGUCCCUGCCUUACUUCAAACCUUGUUUCCCUGAAAAUGUAGGAGCUCAAUCGGACUUCCAGACGCGUCUCUGCACUCAGAGCGUGUGUCUGGAGCAGGUCCUGUGUUCGGAGCAGGGAAUAACAGGCACGAUACAAGUACUUAAUUUAGCUUAUGAGAAGGAAGUCACAGUGCACUACUCUUUCACCAACUGGAGAACACACACAGAAACAGCAGCUUCCUGGGUGUCGAGUGGGUACCGUGGGGAGUGCGGUGCUCCAGAAACAGAUAUCUUCAGAUUUCGUCUGCCUGUCCCACCCUUCAUUUUGCAGCCAGGAACCAUUCUAGAAUUUGCCAUCUGCUACCAUGUAAAAGGAUCUAAUUAUUGGGACAACAACAAUGGACAAAAUUACAAACUGUCAUGCCACAGUUACAAGGUGACUGUGCCGAGGGAGUGUGAGGACAGCAUGCUGCAUUUUACCUGAGUGUCCACAUGGGGAGCUGUAACACAUACACAGGUAUCAGAGGCAAACAAGCAAAAUGCUGUACAGUAAAUAUAUAACCUGUGUUUCCCUUUAUGUAUUACAAGCUGAGAUGGAAUGUAACUAAAUACCUUUAUUCAAGUACUCUUUGUUGCCACUGUAUAUUUACUCCACAUUUCAGAGGCAAAUAUUGCACUUUUUACACCAGUACAUGUACUUGACAGCUAGUUCCCUGAUGACAUGAUCACUUUGUAAAAAAUAAUGUCAUUAAUAUUGCUCCAAAAAACCCCAAUACUGUUUAAAGUAGUUCAAAUUAACCUAAAGGUCAAGGAUUAACCCUAAAUUUAAGGAUAAACUUGAAUUUACACUUAAACUCUAGAGAAAUUCUAGAAAUACUAAAACAAUUAGACAUUUUGGGAACACUAGAGCAGGGUAAGACUGUAGUUUUAAUGGGUAAACACAGUGCGUAGGCUGCGGUCUUCAGUGGUUUAAUAAUUUAACAACAGUGGUUUGUACUAAAUGUAUUAAACAGAAGAUAGAGGUAAAGGCAGUCAUACAGAGGCAAUGUAAAAUUUGAGAUAUUGUAUUUCUUGAAGUCAUCAAAUGAGGCCUGUUUUGGUAUUUUUAAUGUUAAAGGGACAGUUCACCCCAGAAUCAAAACCAUUUUCCUCUUACCUGUAGAGCUAUUUAUCAAUCUAGAGAUAUCCACCGCAGAGAUGUUUGCCAUCUCUCCAACAAAGUGGAUGUCUCUUUCCAGAAAUCAUGACCCGGUUACUCAAGAUAAUCCACAGACCUUGUUGUAAACAGUUUCAUGUAGGAACUAUUUUCUACUACUGAACUACACCAACCAACAGAAUCAAGUGUGCAUGUUCUCACAGAAGAGAUGCUUGUGACAGAGCAAGAUGUAAACAUUAAUGGCAUCUUCCUCGGCUGUUCUUUAACAUUAACUCAGAGGUCCUUGGUGAGCUAGCAGUAGGUAUGCUUCCUUCUGCGUGGCGAUAUGGUGUGUAGUUCAGCAGAGAGAAAAUAGUUCUUAUGUGAUAGUGCUGACAACAAGGUCCGUGAAUUAUCUUGAAUAACCAGGUCAUGAUUUCUGGAAAAAAUAAUUGCUUACACUAACAUUAUUAGAAGGCAGACAACUCUACAGCCAAUACCUCCAACACUCUGCAACUCACAUCAAAACAAUCUACACUGAUCAAUGGCACUACAGGUAAGAGGGAAAAUAUGUUUAUAUAAUUUUUGGGUGAAUUGUCCCUUUAAAAAAAAAGGCUUCAUUACAAACAGCUUCUGAUGGACGAUUCUAGUUUGAUAUAAUUCAUUUGUAUGGGUACAGCAAAACAUCAAAAUCUGCUGAGCUUCACCACACAUGUGAAGUUCAGCCUUAGAGAGGUCUCCUCCUGAGACCCAGCAAUUUAUAUUUGUCCUCUGUGGGAGGCAUGAUACUGAGAUAUAUAUUUCAUACACCAUACAUGUAAUCUAUCUGAGUGCUGAUGUUUUGUGGUCAGCACAUCCUGGGUUUUCCAGUGAUGUAACACACAUGGGGGUGCGACCAACAGUCUUUUCAAAAAGGGGGGAAUUGCAGCAAACACCUUUUAUGGCAAUAAGGGAGAUAAAUGAUCAAAUUUAUCAAGAUAUAGUGUUUCUGUUCUUUAUAAGGAUAUUGUUUUUUAUGUAUGAGAGUAUAAACUAUAUGACUGUAAGAUUUUAGAAGUGUAUGUUAAUUUCAAGUUUUUCUUAAUACACAUUUCAACCCACGUCCUGAACCUGCCGACAACAGCUUUGUCUCACUUCAGCCAUUUUUUAAACUUCAGUAAACUGAACAAAGAGUGACAUGUCAUAAUACAUAAAUAAUUCGAUUUUUCAGAAAAAAAGUUCUUUGCGAUAUGUUCGUACUUGUUUGUACUUUCACAAAAUUGGGGGACUCAUUAGAGACAUCUUAAUAAAAGAAUGGUUUCAUUCAGCACUAGAGGCCUGACUUUUUCAUCCCUGAUAUGGGUCAUGCUCUGA